AUGUUCCAGCUGCUCCAGGGUCACAUCCAGCCGGCUGGACUCCGAAGUCGCAAGAACCGCCUGGUCACCAAAGACGGGCGAUGCAACAUCGAGUUCGGAAGCGCCGACAGCAACCACUACGCGUACCUGGUGGACUUCUGGACCACCUUUGUGGAGAUCCGCUGGCGCUUUGUCCUCCUUCUCUUUGUGGCCGCGUUCACCGGCAGCUGGUUCUUUUUCAGUCUGUUGUGGUACUGGAUCGCAAAGAGCAACGGGGAUCUGACCGGGCAGAACCGAACGGACGGACACGUAAGGUGUAUAGAAAACGUGCACGGACUCACAACGGCGUUCCUCUACUCUUUGGAGACCCAGACCACCAUCGGGUACGGCGGCAGAGCGCUGACGGGGCACUGUGCCGGCACCGUGGCUCUGAUCAUGAUCCAGUCUCUGAUCGGGGUCUUUAUUAAUUGUUUCAUGUGCGGGGUCAUCUUGUCGAAGAUCUCCUUACCCAAAAGGAGGGGAAAGACGGUGACCUUCAGCGACACGGCCGUCAUCUGCCUGAAGAAAGGAAGUCUGUGUCUUCUGAUCAGAGUCGCCAACCUCAGAAAGACUUUAUUAAUCGGCAGCCAGAUCUACGGCAAGCUGCUGAGGACAACAGUAUCUCCCGAUGGAGAGACAAACAUUCUGGACCAGGUGGAUAUCGACUUCAUGGUGGACGCCGGAAAGGACAACCUGUUUUUUGUUUGUCCUCUCACCCUCUACCACGUGAUCAACAAAUCGAGUCCGUUCUACGAGCUCUCAGCUGACUCGCUCCCCCUGCAGGAUUUUGAGUUGGUGGUCUUUCUGGACGGGACGGCAGAGACCACCAGCUCCGCCUGCCAGGUCCGGACCUCUUACAUCCCGCAGGAGAUUCAGUGGGGGUACAGCUUCCUGCCGAUCAUCUCCCGCACAAAUACAGGAAAGUACCGCGUGGACUUCUCGAACUUUUCCAAAAGCAUACAGGUCACCGUGCCUCACUGCGUCCAGUGCUUUGAGACGGACGCCAACCAGAAGAACCACAACAGCCACAACGGGGAGAAUCACAACAACCAGGAAAAGCGGGGUCGAUAACCUGGGGUUCCAGGUGAUCGACAUGCACGACUCAGUGGACGUUACUAAGAUGUGAGCGGUAAUGAAAAGGCUAAUGGUAGAGCAAAGAGAUGCUAGAUGUUGGAAAGAAAGGCUACAUUCACACUGCAGAUCCAACCCUCAAGCCACAUGGACCAGUCAUAACAUUAUGACCACUCACAGUUGAAUAGCACUGAUCAUCUCGUUACAGUGGCACCUGUCAGUGGAUGAGAUAUGUUCGGCAGCAUUAAAUAUUUAGUCUCAAAGUGUGUUGGUAGCAGCAAAAAUGGGCAAAGGGUAAGAAUGUCACCAUGCCAUGGGGCCAAAGUGUGAUGGUUUAAAGACUUGAUCAGAGCAUCUCAAAACUGCAGCUCCUUUGGGCUGGUCCUGGCAUUUUGAGGUCAGAAUGAAAGUGGCCAAAUGGAGGAAAGGCAGGCGAACCACCGACAGGCUCAAGAGCAAUUAAGGCUCAUGAUGGAACCUACAAUUCUACAAUUCUACAAUUCACUUAGCAGACUCUUUUAUCCAAAGCGUCGUUCAUCAGAG